AUGUCUGUGAUAACUUCAAACAAUCAUUUAAAACCACCAAUCACCUUCGGUAUCUAUCACCACGUUAGGGACAGAUCGGUAGGUCAAUUUGGAUUAAGACUUCUUGGAUGGGGUGUCGAAAACGACGAACCUUACUGGCUCGCUGCUAACUCUUGGAACGAAGAUUUUGGUGAGAAGGGUUUAAUGAGAAUCAGAAGAGGUGUUAAUGAAUGUAACAUCGAAGACGACCCAUGCAAAGACUGUGAAGAAAAAAAAAAAUCUGAAGCUAAUAAAAGUUAUCAAAGUUUAUCUACAUACGUUACCCAAGACUUGUUUUUUUUAAAAAAGAAACAUGGAACUUACCGAAGUUCAGAUUGGUUUGUUAGAGGUGAAAUCCAACUGGUGCAUUUGUAUAAAGUAUGCAUUUUACUUAGAGGAGUUCCUGAAGGCAUUGAAGUCAUAGAAGGAAAGCUGAAAUCACCUGCACCUCUUUCAGAUUCAUCAACCAAAGAAAAUUGGAAUCUCAUAGCAAAGACAGAAAGGACAGUUAAUAAUCUUACGACCCAACUGUGUACUUAUGAGAAAGCUCUUACUUCAAAGCAACAAGGAUCUGGUGAAGAGAUCUUAUCUGCAGAGAAAAGUAAAUCAAACAAAUCAAAGAAGCGUUGCAUCUGUAAUUACUGCAAGCAGGUUGGCCACAAAGUACGGCAAUGUACCAAAUGGAAAAAGGACGGACGUCCUCCAAAACCAGAAAGCGGUAAUAAGGAACAGGAAAGACCUGACAGAUACACGAAUAUGUCUUUAAGUAUUAUGGACAGUGUUUUAAACGUUGAAACUGAUCAUUAUAAUUGGUACGUUGAUAACAAAGCUACAAAUCAUGUAAAUAAUUGA